AUGCGAGAUGGCGAUAUAAUUGGACACGAAGGAGUCGGAACUAGAGUGAGUAAAGUACAACCUGGGGGCAUAUCAGCAGUUAUUGCCUGUGGGAACGUGCAGAGUAUUGUCGUAAACAGUUGUGACACUACCAAUCCAAGUAAAGACAUGGAUGAACAGCCGCUCUGUUCGGCUAUUCUCACAUCACUGGAGGAUAUGAUGGAACUCAAGCUGAGUCCAUAUGCUGAUACCAAUCUUCUCCACGUCACUGAUGCUAUCGUCGCGAAACUCAAGAAGCUUUUGCUAUUGUUCGACGUCGCUUGUACGGGAUGGCAUGCUUGCGAGUUGAGUGAAGUAGGACACGUUGAUGUUGUGGGUAUAUGGGUAUGUAAAUAUGCAACAACGGUUCGACAUUCCAUCUAUUGGCAAUAUAGGAUGCGGUUCAUGGCUAAUCGUGGAGCGUUGCGUAUCAUUGCAAUCGAUUCUGUUCCUAGUCGCCUUAAACUGGCUCAAGAUAUUGGUGCAGAAACUAUCAAUAUUGAGGAAGUAAAAGAUAUACUGGACAAAAUACGUGAAUUAGUUCCAAAAGGCUUUGACGUCACUAUUGAUGCGGUCGGAUUCAGAUAUGCUUCGAAGAGUAUGAGGCAUAAAGUGGAAAAGAUGUUAUACAUAGAGACUUACAGUGUUGAUGUCGUGGACGAAGUUAUCAAAUCUGUUAAGAAAGCCAAGGCAUAUAAAGUUUUUGAUGCCAAAGAGGACGGAGUAAUCAAGAUCGUUCUAACUACAAAUGCGGCCACAGAUACUAUUAGCUUGACUACUGAUGUUGAUUCCAGUGGCGUUUUGGCCAUGGAAGCAACCGUGUGCGAAAUAUUUGAGUAA